AGGAGGAGGACUGUGCCGAGAGCUCGGAGACCACCAACUGGGACUCGGACAACAUCAGCAUCCUCUCCGAUGACUCGGUGUACCCUGACUAUGAGCCGGAAGGCAACAAGAACAGAGUGGCGGUGGAUACGAUUUACCAGGCUUGUGCCCAGAAUGAUGCAAAGGCACUGCGGGAGAGGCUGCAGAGAGAAGUGCCACCCGAAGAUGCCAUGGAGCUGGACGUCAAUGGAAGGAAUGGCCUCAUGGUCGCGUGCUACAAAGGCUUUAAGGACAUUGUCACCGAACUAAGCCGAUGUCCCUUUGUGAACGUCAACCACCAGGACAACGAUGGCAACACAGCCCUGAUGAUCGCUGCCCAGGCGGGUCACGUCACCAUCGUCAACUACCUUCUCAACUUCUACACGGGAGUGGACAUCGAAAAGCGAGACAUCCGCGGCUUCACUGCCCUCAUGAAAGCGGCCAUGCAAGGGCGUAAUGAGUGCGUGGCGGCCCUGGCCAUGGCGGGUGCCGAUAUCAACGCCGUGGACCACUACCGAGGCAAAACGGCCAAAGAAUGGGCCCUGCUCACCGGCCGCUUUGAGACCCUGUGCAAGCUGCGCCGCCUGUUGGAGCGGCCGUGUGCCGAGCAGUUUUGUGACCGCUACGUUCCCGAAUGGCCCGACCUGAAGAGUCUGGUGGAGAAAGCUAUGUCUGUCCGCAGCCGAGGGGAGAGGAUUACCGAAAAACUGCGCUCCACCUUCACCAUCUCCUUCCCUCAGGAUCCCCAGGACAAUGGAGUUCUUGACCACAUGGUCCGUAUGACCACCAGCCUGGCCAGCCCCUUCGUCUGCACCGCGUGCCGGCCACUGUGCCCCAGCAGUCCACCGGCCAUCGGGAAAAAGCGCCUGGCAGUGCCCGAGAUCUACCAGAUGUACCCAGGCAGGCAGGUGGAGAGUGGCACGGUGACACACCGCAGCCCCUCCAUAACCUUCAGCUCAUCCUGCUCUGACCUGAAUAUGGACAGCCGGCACAGGGGCAGCAUGAUAUCGGUCACCUCAUCCCAGGGCACCAGGGGCUUCUACCCGACCCGCAUCCUGAGGCGCAACAGCAUCUUUCCAGUGGGCUGCAUACCUGAGAUCAAGGUGACCAGGUCACCAGAGCCCACGCCGAAGAAAGAAAAAAAGAAGAAAUCCAAGAACAAAAACUUCCUGGAGCCCCCCAAGUGGAGGUACAAAGAACUCAAGGAGGAGAAGAAGAAAGCGGAAAAAGAGCUGGAGGACAAGGAGGGGAAAAGCAAGAAAGAAAAGAAGAAAAAGAAGUGAGCCACUGCACCCUCGGGCUCAACUGGAGAUCUGGGGGACCCCUCCCGAGGGGCUUUCGAAAUGGUCGUGGGGGGGGAUCCACAAGCAAGGUGAGACAUUCGUCACCAACAAAAGAUGGCAUCUUCACCUUCCUCGCGGGUCGCAGAGCAGCUGGUAAGAAGAUGUUAAAGGAGGAAGCCAGGACUGCCACCAUGUCCAGAACCGGUGCCACCUGGAUGUGCUGUAGUGGCACACGGGCCAUUCUGGAAUAGGGUGGUCACCAUGUAUGGCACCAUAAGAUCAAGAAUGAUU